UCAGCACCGAGGCCAGAGUCCGGAGACAAACCUGCACCGUAACACUGAGAAUUACCCCCAACCAACAACCCGGAGAGACGCAGCGAGCUCCUGUAGAUAAGAAACAAGCGUCGCAGGACUCGACCACGACCAGACUGCUGAGGACAUGUACGAUGGGGCGAUGGUGCCCUCCCCUGAGGGCAGUGCCAAUGGUGCUCCAGGUGCCGCCUCAAGACCCAAUGCUGAUGAAGAACCGGAGGAAGAGGAGACUGCACCACCCAAGCCUGUGCUGGUGAGGAAAGCUCGCCGUGAGAUCCUCGACCAUGAGAGGAAGAGACGAGUGGAGCUGAAGUGCAUGGAGUUGCAGGAGAUGAUGGAGGAACAAGGGUAUACAGAGGAGGAGAUCAGACAGAAGGUCGGGACUUUUCGGCAAAUGCUGAUGGACAAAGAGGGAGUCAUAACCAGAGAGGGAUCUAACCCCCGACCACCUGUUACUGUUUUAACUGAUGGUGCUGAAGAGGAUGCUGAGGGCAAAAUGUUUGCUGAUGGCUACAAGGAAGACUAUGAAGAUUACUAUGAUCGGGAUUCUGUAACCCACGAUGACUACAGAGCCAAGAGGAAGUCCAGCAGCUCCCCCUCGCCUCGGCCAAAGAAAAGAAAGAAGAAGAAAAGCAGAAGACACAGUCGAGCUGACGGCUCCUCUCCAGCUCGGCGAGGGAAAAGGAAGAAGAGUGGCAAGAAGCACAAAAGAAACAGAUCUACUUCUGGAUCCAGAAAAAAGAGAAGACACAGAUCGGGUUCUCCAAAGAACAAACAUAAAGAUAAAAGCAAAGCCAGAAAGAAAACUCCAGCAGAGAGUACCAGCAGGAGGUCCCAGCGCAGAGGAAGCUGCUGCAGCUCACGCAGUGCCUCGUCUGUGGCCACCAUCUCCCAAUCUCCCAGCAGGACCAACCUAAAGCACAAGACAGAGAGACAGAAGAGGUCCAGUCAAAGUGCAUCUCCAUCUCCAGGACCAGAAAAUGGCCACCACAGUGAGCACGUCUACAACGGCAAACACUCCGGGUCCAGUCAUCUAGAGGGGGAGAAAAUCAACAAUAAGUCAUUGGCUUCCUCUUCACCGAGUGAAUCGCAGAGGCAGACGUCUCCUCAUGCAGGGGAAGCAAAGAGCCACGGUGCUCCCUGUCGGAGCCCUGGCCGACAGCUGGCACAUGCCCUGACUGGAGAGGCAACAAAGGGAGAGGAGAGACAGCAGCGGGGUGCCAAGCUGUCCUCUGAGCCAGCAGGAAAACGAGGUGGACGGCAGCGGGAACGGGAGAAGAGCUGCCACUCUCCUGCUCGUAGCAGUGACUCCCAGUUUAACCCCCAAUCUAAAGCCAAGGGCACGCAUCCAAAGAAAUCAAAAGGGCCCCAUUCAUCAAAGAAGCAUCACAAAACAGGAGUGAACCGUCAGCGCAGUGUAUCAGCAUCACCAGCUCGACGCCGGCGUGCAUCAGGCCGCAAGAAAGGCAAAUCUUGCGUGCAGCAGAGAAGCAGCUCAUGGAGCAGCGCUCGCUCCUCCUCACGCUCUGUUUCAAAAGAGCACACGCAAAACAAAAUCAAGUCCCCACAUACACGCCAGAACAACUCCAGGGAGAGGGACAGUUCUCAUUACUCUGACGCUGAGAGAACUCGUCGACGCUCUCGCAGUUACUCUCCCAUUCGAAAGAGAAGAAGAGACUCGCCAAGCUUUAUGGAGGCGCGCAGAAUCACCAGUGCACGUAAGCGGCCGAUCCCAUACUAUCGACCUAGCCCUUCCUCCUCCAGCUCUGCAAGCAGCUACAGCAGCCGCAGCCGCAGCUACGACAGCUACAGCAGCUACAGCAGAAGCCGCAGCAGAAAUCGGAGCAAAAGCAGAAGUAAAAGUCACAGUCGAAGCAGGAGCAGGAGCAGAAGCAGGGGCAAAAGCAGAGGGAGAAGCAGAAGCAGCAGUCGCUCACGGAGCCCCAGCCAGGCCCACAGCUACUACAGCCACAGCAGCUACGAGAGUCCUGGCUUCUGAGGAGUCAUCUGUAGACAUGAAAAAGUAUUCAAAACACUCCAGACUUUUCCCCAUCUUUGUGGUAAAACUGUAUUUAUUAUUCCUACACGUUGGUUUAUAGGUCCAUAAAAUGAAUGUGGCAAUAGAACUAGACUAUAAAUGCUUGUUC